AUUGGUGAAAAUGCAGCGCAUUCCAAAUACAAUUGAGGAACAGUUGAUUUUGAAAGCUAUCAAUGAAGAAUGUCCGUGGGAGAAUCUCCCAAAAAGACUUCAAGCCACUCUUACUUCUAGAGAAGAGUGGCACAGAAGGAUCAUUGAACACUGCAUUAAGAAGAGACUCCAGUGGAAUAAGUGUUUUGCUCGCAAAAUAUGCAAAGAAGGUGAAUAUUAUGAAGACAUGAUGCGUUACUUACGAAAAAAUCUGGCGUUAUUUCCCUAUCACCUAGCGGACUAUGUCUGCCGUGUGAUGAGAUUGUCGCCUUUCAGAUAUUACUGUGAUAUGAUUUUUGAGGUUAUGAAAAAUGAGCAACCAUAUGACAGCAUUCCGAACUUCAGUGCUGCUGAUGCUUUGCGACUUACAGGAAUAGGGAGAAAUGAAUUUAUUGAUAUCAUGAAAAAGUGCAGAUCUAAGAAAAUUAUGUGGAAGCUGAACAAGUCAAUUGCCAAAGAACUGUUACCUACACAACCUGUGGAGUUUACAAUUGAACCAUGGUGGGGAGUUUGUCUUGUCAAUUUUACACUGGAAGAAUUCAAGAAACUCACAGAAGAAGAAAUGGCAACCAUUGAUAAAGUCUGUAAGGAGGAAGCUAAUGCAUUUAUCCUGUUUGAUCCUGACAUUAUGAAGGGUCUUUAUCGUAGGGGAUUGAUCUACUUUGAUGUCCCUGUCUAUCCUGAUGACCGCUUUAAAGUUUCCAGGCUUGAAGGGUUUGUUUCCAACAGGGAGCAGUCUUAUGAAGACCCCAUUGAGGAGUUACUGUAUGCAGUUUUUGUUGUUUCAAGCGAGAAUGCCACUGUUGCUGAACUGGCAACAACAUUACAGGCUGAUCUUUCUCAGCUGCAAGCCGCGGCAUCUUUUGCAUGCCGAUUGGGAUGGGCAGUAAAGGUAAUUGACCCAGCAUCCAUUCUUCAGGAUACAAGUGUACCUAACACUCCAAGAGUCACUCUCAGUGAUGAUGAUGAGGCUUCUCUUGCUAGUAUGGGCGCAGCAAGCAUUUCUGCUGAUGGUGAUAUUGGUCAACAAGGAGAUGUUACAGGAACGGAAAGCUAUGGACCACUUUCUGGCCUUGUCCGUGUAGCUUUUGUUGUUGAUGCUAAUAUAACAUCAUAUCUUAUGAUGGGCUCUGUUUCACCAGGUUUUUCUCCUUCCUUUUCUGUUCCUUUUUACUUUCAAAUGUCAGAUUUCUACAUUUUCCUGUUGUGA